CCCGGGAUGUACGCAUUUGGUCUUUGUGAAACUAACGACUACAGUCAAGCGGAGAUGUAUGCACGAAAGGGCCUGGAGUUGAUUCCUAAGGAUGGGUGGGCAACGCAUGCGUUGGCUCACGUCUAUGAGAUGCAAGGAAGGAGCCAGGAAGGCAUCUCGUUCCUGAGCAGAACUCUCGACAAUUGGACGGCCUGUAGCUACCUCUCAUGCCAUAAUUUCUGGCACUGGGCGCUUUACCACAUUGAACGCGGAGAAUACACGGCUGCUCUCGACUUAUACGAUGGUGUGGACGUUGGUCACGACAGAUGGGAGGCCGUUUGUGAGCACUGCCGGCCGCACGUAGACGAUCACACGCUGGUGUUCAACGACUGCCACUACCUCGUCGCUUUUCUCGGUGCAAAACGCAGAGACUACGCCGCCAAGCUGAUCGAGUCAGUGAAGAAAUUCGCGGACGAGUACGCACAUCGUGGCCAGUCGCAAAUCAAAGUCUACACUGAAGUUGGGGCGGCAAUAAUGGCGGCUCUCGUUGCGUAUAACGACGGUCGCUACAGUGACGCAGUGGAAACACUCCAUCCUCUGCGAUACGAUGUCUUGAACAUCGGUGGCAGCGAUGCACAGGCGAGUUUCUACACUGAAGUUGGGGCGGCAAUAAUGGCGGCUCUCGUUGCGUAUAACGACGGUCGCUACAGUGACGCAGUGGAAACACUCCAUCCUCUGCGAUACGAUGUCUUGAACAUCGGUGGCAGCGAUGCACAGCGGGACCUGUUUAAUCUAUUCCUCAUACAUGCUGCACAGAAGUCGAACUUGCGCCAGCAUCACAACUUGGCGAGGUCUUUGUUGAUGGAGCGUAAUGCGUUAAAGCAAGAAUCGCCGAUGUUGGAUCGUCUACUGGAAAACAUGAUGGAUCACCAUGUCAAAUGAUGACAGGUCACCCUAGACAUAACCCCAAUCCUAACUCCGCCCUAACACUAACCAUAACUCUGAACUUGACCCUAAUAAUAACUCUGACCCUGACCUUAAACCAACCGCUAAAUCUGAUAAUGACUCUAACACUAACCCUGACUCUGAACCUGAUCUUGACCCUGGCCCUAACCCUAACUCUAACCCUAUCCAUAAACAUAACUAGAACCCGUAAACUAACACUAAUUAUAACCAUGGCCUGAAACAUGAACCUAACCCUAACCCUAACCCUAACCCUAAGCAUGACCUUUAACCAUAAGGCUAACCCUAACCCAACCCUGUCUCUAACCCAAACCCUACCUAUUACCCUAACUCUACUUUUAACGCCAAUUCUAGCCCGAACCCUAGCCCUAACCCUAACCAUAAUCAUAAUAACCAUAACAAUAACCCUAAUCCCAUCCCUACUAAUACUCGUCCUAACUCUAACCCUAACUCUAGGUCUAACUCUAACAUAACCUAAACCUUAACCACUCUAACCACAUAUUCCCUAGCAUUGAAAGCUCUAGAUAUACAAAAGAAUAGAUUGUUAUCACAUUUACUAAUACGCCUCACUGCCAUACCAAAUGCUUGUUUAUAUUAACUCUUGAAGUAAUGUUUGAUUUAUAACACACAGUGAUAUAUAUUCGUCAAAUCAAUGCUAAAUCGUUCACUUAGAUUAAACGACAGUAUUACGCUGUUUUAAUCGUUGUCUAUCGCUAUCGUGUUAUGACGAGGCGUGAGUCUUAGCGAAACUUCUUAUGCUUACACAAGUUGUACAUAGAUAAAUUGGCUUGUAAUACUAAAAACAAGAGAAAAAUAUAUAUAAUUAGUUUUAACCCCUGAUUUUGAUCGUUUUGAAGUUAUUCAACAUCACGUUUUUAUAAUUAUAUCUUUAAUCUCACUCACUAAUUGAUCUACGAUACUCGCUAAGAGAAUUAUACACAUUUAAUUUUCCAGAGAUAUUUCGUUGAAACUGACAAUUUAUAGUAGGCCUACAUUCUAAUAAAAUGCACGUUUGUUAUUGUUA